AUGCAUCUACCGGUGGGUUCUGUGGGCUGCGGGGAGAAUUACGCCACCGUUGGAUCCCACGAAGGCGCCGGCCCGUGCGGCCCCUCACUGGCGCCUCUCCAGGGGGUGAACACCAGGUACCAGCAGGCCGAGGACGCCGACGCCGGGGGAGGAGGUGGCGAGAUGAGCGAGGGUGCCGCCGUCGGCGAGCUAUGGUGGACCGAGAGGCUCGUCGGCGAGGCACAGGCUGAACACCCUGGCGAACUCAUUAGAACAGGAUCACCGUACUUUCUCUGCAGCCAACUGCCGACUCACUGGCGAUCCAACAAGACGCUUCCGGUGGCAUUCAAAGUUAUCGCCUUGGGCGAAGUUGGCGAUGGAACUGUGGUGACAGUGCGAGCGGGUAACGACGAAAACUGUUGCGCAGAGCUGAGGAAUUCCACCGCCUUGAUGAAGAACCAAGUCGCCAAGUUCAACGACCUCAGGUUCGUCGGAAGAAGCGGCAGGGGAAAGAGCUUCAGCAUCACCAUCACUGUGUCGACGACGCCCCCGCAGGUGGCGACGUACACGAGGGCCAUUAAGGUGACCGUGGACGGGCCGAGGGAACCACGCUCGAAAACGAGGCAGACGCACAUUUCAGGAUUGGCGCGGGUUCCCACGUUACCCAGAGUCCCUGGAUUGACACGCGGGACCUUCCCGGACGCACCAAGCCCGUUCACCCCCUACCUUCGGGAGCCAGAACCGUACAGGAGGAAUAAGCAUCACAUCGGCAACAACGUCACCGCGAAUUCGGUUAGUGGUGCCUGCACCAACCCCAACAACACCGACCCGACCGCAUCGCCCGCUUCCAGUACACACCUCGGGGCCACCGGCAGCUCCUCGGCUCAUCAGGAUUGCUACAAGCAUAGUCCUCAACACGGUGAUACGAGUACAGGAACGGCAGAAUGGACCUACUCGUCGACAGCAUCGUCUUAUCCAGCGCCUCCGGUAAGCAGCGGUGGUCCCUUUUCACCGAUUCCCGGUGGAGCGUUCUCUUAUCCAGGGGAAUCACUUUCUCAUCAUCCGACCACGGAACCAGUACCACUUCCCACAGUGCUUCCGUCGGACAGCCAACAGGACACCUACACGCCUAACUGCGUGUCCAUGUACCCUAGCCACGGGACACCGUCUUCGUCACUUCCACUGGUACCAAGUAAAUCCAACGAUCCGGAUAUCUUCGCCGGCGGCGGGACAGGCAGCGGAAGUCCCGGCUACCAUUACGGUUCCUGGACCUCAGGGCCGGCAACUCCGGUCCCUGUUGCCUCUCACAACUACAACCCGAACUACCAAGGUUACUACAACAAUCCAAGCCAGAACUACAUCAGUCCAGCGCCCAUGGUCCUCUAUCCUCAACUCUACAGCACCGUGAACCAGAACCAGAUUCAUCUACACCUUCACGGAGAUCUCAGCGAGGAACAGGUCACCAUAGCUGGUAGCAAUCUGACCAUAAGCAGUAACAGGCUGGAGAUUGGCGUGAUGGGCGAAGAGAGCGAGCAGAGGAACGACGUAUGGAGACCUUAUUGAAAGGAUGAUUGCACAGGUCUCAGUGAUUUGGAUGUAUCAGU